UCCUCAGGCCCCGCAAGGAGCGGAGAAGCGCCGCGCGCCGCUGGGAGCUUGGGAGAGCCAGCAGUGACCAUAAGGGUAGAGCCCAGCUGUGGCUGCCCGGCAUGGACGACUACACAGUCCUGAGAGUGAUUGGCCAGGGCUCCUUCGGCAGGGCUCUUUUGGUUCUGCAGGAAAGCAGCAAUCAGACAUUUGCCAUGAAGGAAAUCAGACUGCUCAAGUCUGAUACACAGACUUCUAGGAAAGAGGCUGUUCUGCUCGCCAAAAUGAAGCACCCCAAUAUUGUUGCCUUUAAGGAGUCAUUUGAAGCUGAAGGGUACCUGUAUAUUGUGAUGGAAUAUUGUGACGGAGGGGAUCUGAUGCAGAGGAUUAAACAGCAAAAAGGGAAGUUAUUCCCCGAAGACACGAUCCUGUGUUGGUUUGUACAGAUUUCUCUAGGACUGAAGCAUAUUCAUGACAGGAAGAUUUUACACAGGGACAUAAAAUCUCAGAAUAUUUUUCUUAGCAAGAAUGGAAUGGUUGCCAANCUCGGGGACUUUGGAACAGCAAGAACACUGAAUGACUCCAUGGAACUUGCUCAAACAUGUGCUGGGACACCUUACUACCUGUCCCCAGAGAUCUGUCAGAACAGGCCGUACAACAAUAAAACGGACAUCUGGUCUCUUGGCUGUGUCUUAUAUGAGCUCUGCACACUCAAGCAUCCUGUGAGUAUGUUCAUCCUCAUGUCUGCUGCCUACCUUCAGAGGAAACAUGAGGCUCAGCAAUAUAAGUUAAAAGUGGAAAGACAAUUGGGUCUUCGUCCAUCUUCUGUGGAGGAGCCACAUCCAAACGAGAGAGAAAAGCUACAAAGUCACUGGGAGGAGACUAAAUUCCAGGAGCUUCAGUACAGGAAGAACAAAAUGAAGGACCAGGAAUAUUGGAAACAGCUGGAAGAAAUCCGCCAACAGUACCACAAUGACAUGAAGGAAAUUAAAAAGAAAAUGGGGAGAGAGCUGAAGAGAGUGGUAAAGUUUGAAAUCAGCCUAGACAAGUGUNUUUCGGAGGAAGACACCGUCCAGGAGAAUGAGGCAGUGGAUAAACUAAAUGCUACUUUAAGCUUUGAAGAUGGCACGAAGUUUCAGGAGCACAGAUGUAAGGAGAAGCAUGAAGAUUAUACAGACAGAGCCUUUGAAGAACUCUGUGGCCCAGAAGCAGAGGGUUUCUUUCAGGAUGUCAUUGCCACAGAGAACAGGAGGCAGUGGGAUGCCGGGGCACCUCACACUCUACUACAAAUAAUGGCAACGGCAGAUGUCACCUCCACCUGCCCCACCAUGCCGGAUGAUGGCCAAGUGAUUGUGAUGGAAGGCAGUGUAGAGAAUGGGAAGCAGUGGUGGCUGNAUGUGCCAGGGACCCCGNGUGCUUUGGCAGCAGAGUGUGCCUGCAGUGGCUCACUGUCUGCCAGUAAAGGAGAAACUGUAAUGGUCAAACCACAGCUUCCUAAAGAAGGCCAGGAAAAGGUAGAAAUAGCCACGGGCAUCAUGGUGGAUGAUGAACAGCNGAAACCAGGAUCGGAUGAAGAUGACAUAAAGUUUGAAGAAUCUGAAGAUGAGCUGAGGAGUGAAAUAAUAGAAUCCCUAGAAAAACUUGCAGCUUCCACAGAAGAAACGGACCAGGCUCCCAGCUCCUCUAAGAAUGCAGAAGAGCCAGGAGAGAAAGAAAAGACAAACUUGCCAGUCAAGAAACUCCAGUGAAGGUCUGGAAGCUGUUUUUUGGCCUGUUUGAUCUGUAUGGCUAAGACAAGGUUCAUCAAAUGCCAGUCAUGACAUGCAAGUGUGAACAAUCUGUUCCCCAUCCAUGGAGAUCCAUGUCCUUAAAGAAAAAUUCGCUAUCUUACUGAUUUUACAC